UAACCUUUGUGAAAAGUUUGCAAUGUUGGAGAAGGUCACGCCACUCUCAAUGGCAACCUUAUUAGACCCUAGAUUCAAAGAGCUGGGGUUCUGCAGCCAAGGCUCUGCUCAAACUGCUGUAGAUAGGCUGACCAGAGAGUGUGCUGCAACAAUGCAGGUGGAACUUCCAGCUCAGGCACAGCCACAGUCACCACCUAGAGCAGGCCCUUCAGGUCCACUGGAGGAUGGUGGUCUCUGGGCCCUGCUGGACAGGCAUGUGGGUGCUCAACAGCAGGUGACCAGCUCAACUGCCAGUGCUACAGUGGAGGUUCAGAGGUACUUGAAGGAACCCCACAUUCCAAGAACAGAGGACCCACUGAAGUACUGGGUCACCCACAAGGUGUUAUACCCCCACCUUUACAACCUGGCGAUUAACUUUUUGUGCACACCAGCUUCCUCCAUGCCCUGUGAGAGGAUUUUCUCCAAGGCUGGCGAAGUCGUCAGCCAAAGACGAAACAGGCUGAAACCCAGCACAGUUGAAAAAAUCCUGUUUUAA